UUAAGAUGAACUGUGUUUCAUGUCAUUUCUUACAGUACCUCAACCCCAAUCUCCUGGCGGUGGUAACUGAGAGCACCGACACGCAUCCGGAGCGAAGCUUCAUGGGGAUCCUCCUGAUCGAUGGAGUAACCGGACGCAUCAUCCACGAGGCGGUUCAGAGGAAGGCCAAAGGACCCGUGCAUAUUGUGCACUCUGAAAACUGGGUGGUGUACGAAUACUGGAGCACCAAGUCCCGCAGGAACGAGUUCUCUGUGAUCGAGCUGUAUGAAGGCAUGGAGCUGUACAACAGCACCGUGUUCAGCUCACUGGAUCGACCCCACGCUCCUCAGGUGCUUCAGCAGUCCUACAUCUUCCCCUCCUCCAUUUCUACCAUGGAGGCCACACUGACUGAGAAGGGCAUCACCAGCCGCCACCUGCUCAUUGGUUUGCCAUCAGGAGGGAUUUUGUCAUUACCCAAGAUGUUCCUGGACCCUCGGAGGCCAGAAAUAGUAACGGAGCAAAGCCGAGAAGAGAACCUGAUUCCGUACGCACCAGAGCUGCUGAUCCGCUCAGAGUGGUUCAUCAACUACAACCAGACGGUGACAAGAGUGCGAGGAAUUUACACCGCCCCCUCUGGACUGGAGUCCACCUGCCUGGUGGUUGCAUAUGGACUGGACAUUUACCAGACUCGUGUGUAUCCAUCAAAGCAGUUUGACGUACUAAAAGACGAUUACGACUACAUGCUGAUCAGCAGCGUUCUCUUAGCUCUUUUCUUUGCCACCAUGAUCAGCAAACGCCUGGCAGAAGUCAAACUGCUCAACCGGGCCUGGCGGUAAAGUGAAUGUCGCAAUCCCAUCUCUUACAGCCGAGGCUGCUCGAAGGACCUCAGCCCGGGGAGAUGAGGCGCUGAGUCCGUGCCUGAAGAAAAACACAGGCCAGAGAUCAACAAUGCCCAU